UCGUUACUUGAAGAAAUGGGAUUGAAACCCGAAGGACCAAACUCUUGCUGAUACCAACGCUCGAUCAAAUUUUCCUCUGUGUUUUUGUUUUAAUUCGGAGUCAAGAGGGAGGAAAUCAGCGAGUCGAUCUUUGUUCGAAGCAGAUCAAAUUAGAGCUUGAAUGUUGAUCUAGCAAGAGGCGGGUGGGUUGUUGAAGAUCCAAACUCCCCUGCAAAUCCAAUUCUCGACGUUUCUGGGUCGGUAGAGAGUAAAUCUGAAGUGGAGAGUGAAAGGAGAAACAGAAGAAGGAAGCUAGAGAAAUUGAAUUAGGAAGAAUAAAAUGCCGAGGAAGGGAUCGAAUAGUAGAGGGUCGAGUAUGAGAAUCUUGUCGCUUUUACUCUCCAUGUUCGCCGCUUUCGCUUCCGUCUACGUGGCUGGCCGGUUAUGGUUCGAAGCACAGAAUCGGGUUCAUUUGAUAAACGAGCUUGAUAGGAUAACUGGGCAGGGGAAAUCUGCAAUAUCUGUGGAUGAUACAUUGAAAAUCAUAGCUUGCAGGGAACAGCAGAAGAAAUUAUCAGCCCUUGAGGUGGAGUUGAGUGCAGCCAGGAAGGAGGGUUAUACUUCAAAGCACUCAACAGGUGCCGAUGGAACAAAGAAAAGACUGCUAGUAGUGAUAGGAAUACUAACAAGGUUUGGCCAUGAGAACAAAAGAGAUGUAAUUCGUAAGGCAUGGAUGGGAACGGAUGCAGCAUUGAAAAAAUUGGAGGAUGAGAAGGGUGUAAUUGCACGAUUUGUUAUUGGAAGAAGUGCAAACCGCGGGGACAGCUUUGACAGGAAGAUUGACAAUGAAAAUAAGCGAACUAAUGAUUUCAUCAUCCUUGAUAACCAAAUAGAGGCACCCGAGAAGCUCCCAGAGAAGGCAAAACUAUUUUUCGCUCAUGCUGCAGAUAAAUGGGAUGCAGAGUUUUAUGCAAAGGUCAACGAUAAUAUUUUUGUCAAUAUUGAUGCCUUGGGAGCAACUCUUUCAGCUCAUUUGAGUAGUCCUCGUGCUUAUAUUGGAUGUAUGAAAUCCGGCGAAGUUUUCUCAGAACCGAACCACAAAUGGUAUGAACCAGAAUGGUGGAAAUUUGGGGAUAAAAAAUCAUACUUUCGCCAUGCUUCUGGUGAGAUGUAUGUCAUAUCACGAGCCUUGGCUAAAUAUUUAUCAAUAAACAGAUCUAUCCUUCGCACUUAUGCCCAUGAUGAUGUUAGUGCUGGAUCCUGGUUUAUUGGGGUUGAUGUAAAACAUGUGGACGAAGGAAAAUUCUGCUGUUCAUCCUGGUCAUCAGAAACUAUUUGUUCGGGGGUGUAACGGUUUACUCCAAGAUCCUUGGAGAGUGAUGCAUCACAGAUACAUUUGACAUGAGAUUAGAUGUUGGUAGCUUACGAUGCAGUUGAAUGAGAUUAAGGGGAGGAAGCACCGGUCAAUUCUCCGAGCCACCCUGUCACUCCCGAUAGGUUAUUUUUUGCAAAUAUCCUGAAAAACUGCUGACAGAAGAGAGUUGGAAUCCAAACAAAAGUAUGUCAAGUGCAACGAUACAAAUUAUAUUUACAUUAACUCAAACUGUACCAGUGUUCUUGCCCUCUUUGCGUUCCGGAUUUCUUUGUAGUGUCAUGUAACAUCCACAUGAUUUAUUCUUUCAUUUACAGAAAUAGGAAGAUGUUAUAUUUUACUGAAUUGAUCACCAGAUUUAGCUCCAUGACCUAUGAUGAGACGUAUUAACCCCUCAAGACCAUUUGUUGGAUUGAAAUUGUUGGGAGUUUUGCCAUUUGUAUUCAACAAAUUGCCUAAUUGUCUUGUACAGAGCUAGAGAACAAGUCUGACUGACAUGAUAUGAACACUCUGUAAGCAGUGAUAUUUGAAUUUUGGACAUCUUAAUUUUGCAUCGUGUAAGACAAUUAAUUAUAGUACAA